AUGCAGUGUAUUGAAGAAAAACAAGUGAUCUACACCAGUGAAACUGUGCAAACAAAAAGUAGUGUAGAAAUAGAAGAAAAUAAACCAAAAGGGAAAACCGCCUCCCUAAAUAGAAAUGAAGAAGGGCGCCAAGCUAUUAUAAAUACUCAUCCUGAUAACAUAGCCGCGCACGUUGCUAUCAAAAGCUUUCAGAUUUUGUGUCGAACCACGAACAAAACUGGCGCGAAAGUGACCAAAAUCCUAAAAGAUGUAUUGCGACUGGCCAAGAGUCUUAUAAACUUUGAACUGCCGUCACUGGAUUCAGACUGCGACUUGCAGCUUAGCGAUUUAUUUAACUGUGACGAUUUUGGUGAUGGUGCUAGUGGCUUUAGCCAAGAUGAUGCGAACAUCAUUAAUGGACCUCCGUUUGAGAUCGCUGAAUUCGAUAAGAGUAUAAUUGAUGAAUAUCUCAUGGAAGCUUUAAGCAGUGACAUUUCGAAUGAUUCUCCAAGUCCACAGUCAUGUUCCAGCUCUUCUUUACGUAGUAGUACGGAAUCUUUGUGCGCUCUACAAACUCACGAUUACAUUGGGUUACAAGAAAACUGGCUGGAUCAAAGCUACACGCCAGCUAGAAGUGAAGUUAAAGUUCGUUCCUAUGGUGAGCCAAAAUUCUGUACAGAACUCAAUGCCUUUCGCUGUCCAGUAGAGGAGUGCGGUAAAUUGUACGCAAAAGCAUCGCACGUCCGUGCUCAUUUACGACGCCACAGUGGCGAGAAACCAUAUUGUUGUACUUGGAGUGGUUGCUCUUGGCGGUUCGCGCGUUCGGACGAGCUAGCCCGACAUAGGCGUAGCCACUCCGGUGACAAACCGUAUCGCUGCAAUGAAUGCGGUAAGAGGUUUGCACGGUCCGACCAUCUCGCUAAGCACGGUAGAGUCCACGCUCGCCGCGCUGCUGUUGCUGCUGCUGCGGCUAGGAGGGACGCGUCCGCUUUGCACACACAUAGAAGAUCCACGAGGGGUAUACUGCUUAUGUGA